AUUUGUUGUGUGGCGAGUGAACAUAAUGAAAUUCGGUUUAAUAUUUUUGAUUGUGUUAGGUAGCUUACUUACUAGAGAGACAGAAAGUGCGAAGAUACUUUCCGUAUUUGCAUUUCCUGGUCCCUCUCAGUAUAUAUUUGCUUCAGCUAUAUUAAAAAAUUUAGCCGAACGAGGACAUGAGGUAACAUCUAUUUCGAUGUUUCCACAACAGAAACCUGUUAAAAAUUUUCGUGAUAUUUACAUACCCGAGAAUGCAAAUUUAGUGGCUGAUUUGUUGACAGAUGUCGAUGAAAUGCAACAAUUAAGUGAAUUGGAGAAUAUGAUGGCAAUGUAUGAUAUCGGCUUGAGUAUGUGUCCGAAUGUUUUUCGUAAUAAGGAAAUACAGAAAUUGUUGAAAUCAUCGGAGGAGAAGUUCGAUUUGAUUAUAAUGGAAUUAUUUUUGGCAGAGUCACUUUAUGGUUUGGCGCAACAUUUUAAUGCACCUAUUGUGGGACUCUCAACUUUUGGCACAACAAGCUUUAUUGAUAGAGUUGUUGGAAAUACUUCACCGCCUUCUUUUUUGCCUUCAGUAUUUACUCCAUUUGACACUAAAAUGACAUACCGAGAACGUUUGUCAAAUUUUAUACAUAUUGGAAUAGAUAAUUUGUAUUAUAAUUUUUUCUAUCUACCAAAACAAGAAGAGAUAUAUAAGCAAUUCUUUCCUAACGCCAAAAUAAGUUUACAGGAAAUACAAAAGAAAUUUUCAUUAGUAUUGCUUAAUCAACAUUUUUCCCUUAGUUAUCCACGCCCAUAUGUUACUAAUAUGAUAGAAGUCGGCGGUGUGCAUAUUAAACAAAUACCAGAUCCAUUACCACAGGAAUUGCAAGCAUUUCUUGAUAAUGCUACUGAAGGUGCCAUUUACUUUUCAAUGGGUUCGAAUUUGAAAAGUAAAGAUCUGCCACCAGAAAAACUACAAAUAUUUCUAAAUGUUUUUCGUUCUUUAAAACAAAAAGUUCUAGAAAGAACUAUCGAUGUUAAAUUAAGGCGCGUCAUUGAUCCUGGACUUUGGGAUCCCUCUCAAGACAUCUAG